UGACUCUUCUGUACCUUUUAAAGAAUACAUAAAUGUGCUGUAUUUGUAUGUAUAUAUUUAUGUAUUAACACUUGGUGGCAAUUGCAGGCUGGCGUUCCAAAUGAGAUAAAUACUAUGCAGCUACGAGAAGGAUAACAUUAUCUUAUUUUUUGGCAUUAACUAGUUGCAUGAUUUUGUCUGACGAGGACAAGCUUUGUGCUGCUGCAGUGGGGGAAGCUCUGAAAGCAGCACAUGAGAACAUGAACUGAACAAGCAGAAACUCAAUGAAAACGCCCUUUGUGCACAUUACUAUUAUUGAGAGACAAAACCAAAGGCUGAAUCAGUGGAAGGACCUUCUCAACGGGACACAGUCUGAAAAUUUACUCCUUCCAACACACAUCUGAAAUAAAAAAAAAAAAUCAAUCAUGUCGACCGAAUUGGUGCCUCCACUAGAUAUCUCAGAAGACAGAUUGAAUAAGCGAGAACAGCACUGCAAGCUUUUAGACAAUCUUUCUGAGCAACUGAGAAGAAGCUGCGAUAUUCAAAUGAAGUCAAGAAAAGGAAAAAAUACUCAGGUGCUCCAUAGCAAGGAACCAGAGCAAAAAGUGCCACGCAGAAAAGACACACCUGCUUUAAAUCAGCCCCCUGUUAUAGCAGAUUUUUCAGAGAGAUUGCUACAAAAGUUUGAUGCAAUGGAAAAACAGCAAAAUAAUCACCCCAUUGCAUCUAUCCAUAAGAACGAGCAGGGGUUGAAGAAACCAAGGAGAAAAGAUACACCAGUAUUAAACACAAUCCCUCUUAUCCCAGGAAAUAAAUUGGUUAAAGAAGGAAGAAAAACAAUAAUUCCAGAGGACGAAGAAAAGGACGGAGAAGUCUGCAGUAUAUAAACAUGCAUAACUGCUAUUCUUCAUGGCCUAAUAUACACAGGGCACAGUUAUGAUAGUCUUGGAUAGACAAAGUGUGACAGAAACAUUUUAUAUCUUUUUUACUGUGAUUUGUGCAUUAGUUCUUACUUCAUAGUACAAUAAAAUGCUAAAAUUGACUGCAACCAGA